GUCAACACUUCCGGUUCCCACGCGAACAAAUGCGGGGAAAUUAAUGGGGAAAGAAUAGGACAGAGCACCAUAGAGAUUUCGAAGCUGGGAGCGGCUUUCAAGUGAGAACCGGAAGAGGACAGUACAUUGAAGGCAAGGAUUCCUGAUGAUCUGAAGCUGAGGAGUUUGCCAAGUCAGGCAUCCUGAUGAUUUUUAUAGGAAGGAGGCACCUGCUGCAGUUAUGCGAGAGGAACGUCUUCAGGAAAGGCUUGAAGCAGAAGAACCCAAGCAGAGGUUUACUUUGGAGGUGCUGCCAUCAUGGAGCUUCAAGUCAACUCCUGCCUCCGGAGAUGAGAGCCUUUCUGGAGGACAACACUGAAGUUAUCAAUGGUGGGAACCUGACGCCGGAAAUAAGUUUGCGACUGAUGACAUCUCGCUGCCACUUUUGGCAUGAAAAAGCUGCCUUGUGGCCCUAUGGAGAGCCCUACUGGGCCUUCUACUGGCCAGGAGGCCAAGGACUAGCCAGAUACCUUCUUGAUAAUCCCAAGAUUGUUAGAAGAAAGAAGGUUCUAGAUCUGGGCAGUGGCUGUGGAGCGACUGCCAUAGCGGCCAUGAUGAGUGGAGCAUCGCAGGUUGUGGCCAAUGACAUUGAUCCUGUUGCAGCAGCUGCCACCGUGCUCAAUUGUGAAUUGAACAAUGUGAAUCCUUUCCCUGUUCUAACGGAGAACCUGAUUGGUACAGAGAUAGACAACUGGGACCUCAUUGUCUUAGGGGACAUGUUUUACAGUGAAGAGCUUGCAGAUAGCCUUCACCCAUGGCUGAAGAAAUAUGCUCAGACUCCUGGGACUCAAGUAUUAAUCGGGGACCCUGGCAGACCUCAUUUUGUGACCCACCGAAUUCAGAAAGAGUUGCACAGAAUCAGUGAAUAUGUCCUCCCUGAGGCAACGGCCCAAGAAAAUAAUGGCUCCACCAGCACUGUUGUCUGGCACUACCAACCUGGACUCUGAAGUGGAUUACUUUUGUAAUUGUAGUUAAGUGGCAAGAGUUGAACUACUUAGACUGGAAGCCCAGAUUGUUUGGUGACAUCACUUGCAAUUCACUGUGCCUAAAUGACUCAUCCCAACUGAUGAUACAACUCAAGAAAAUAGAACAAAAAC